UGAACUACCUGGGGGCCGUGCAGUGCCUCAGUGGUUGUUCCUUCUGUUGAGUGCCUGGAGGACGGCUGCCACCCCACCUUAUAUUUGUGCUUUUCCAACUUGUGUGUUUAGAAUCUCACGCAGCAGGCACGCUAAUUAACACCUGGGGAUGAACUACCUGGGGGCCGUCAGUGCCUCAGUGGUUGUUCCUUCUGUUGAGUGCCUGGAGGACGGCUGCCACCCCACCUUAUAUUUGUGCUUUUCCAACUUGUGUGUUUAGAACCUCACGCAGCUGGCACUCUUAACACCUGGCACACCUGGGGAUGAACCACCUGGGGGCCGUGCAGUGCCUCAGUGGUUGUUCCUUCUGUUGAGUGCCUGGAGGACGGCUGCCACCCUGCACCUUAUAUUUGUGCGCUACCAACUUGUGUGUUUAGAAUCUCACGCAGCAGGCACGCUAAUUAACACCUGGCACACCUGGGGAUGAACCACCUGGGGGCCGUCAGUGGUCGUUCCUCUCCUCGUUGAGUGGCUGGGAGGGGGGCGGCUCACCCCUGCCAGCCCACACCCGCCACAUAGAGGGAGAAGGCAUCAUCUAGCCAUGGACAAGGACACACUUUUGCAGGAUUAUGAGGACACAGUACAGAAGCAGGCUGUCCUCUUGACCAGGCAGCAGGCCACCAUUGAUGGUUUGCAAGAAGAAGUUGCAGCACAGCAACACAGAGCUGAGGUAACUGGGAAACAGCUUCAGGCAAGGCUUGAGUCUCUGCAGCAGCAAGCCAAGGCAGCAAAUCUUCAGGAUGCUUCUGAAGAGGUUCAUCUCCUUAAGCAAGAGUUGGAAACUGCUCUCAAGGAAAAGGAGGCUAGCCAGGCAGAAAGCCGGAGGCAAGGCCUGGAGGUGCAGCGCCUCCACCAGGCACUUCUGGCAUCCAAGGGCUCCAACCUACCGCACAAAGAAUCUGAGGAAUAUAUGAAAGCAGUGGAGGCUCUGGAAGAGGAAACAAUGAGACUGAGGACACAAGCAGCUGAAGCAGAGGAAGAAAAAGUUGUUAUUUUAAAACUGAAUAAUGACCUAAAGAAAGAGCUGGCAUCACUUGCAUCCCAGGUGGAGCAAGAACACCAAGCAGCUCAAGCACUUAGGUCAUUGAUGGAAGAGAAGGAGAGCAGCACACAGGAACUGAACAGGUCCUUCAAUGCUCUCAACAAGAAGUUUUUGGAGCAGAGUGAGGAUCUUCAGCUUCUCUUGGCACAGAUUCAAUCUCUGAAAGGGAAUAGGGACCAACUGGCCAAGAUAUUGCUCACCGUGAAGGAGAAGAUGAAGGAAGCGCAAUGUCGGGUUGCUGAAAGUAUGCGUAUUGCAGAAGAUUCUCUUGUGGAAAAGGAUGCUGCCCUUCUGCGUGAAAAGCAUGCUUUAAAUGAGGUGCACAGGCUGGAGGGAACUGUAGCUUCCCUGACAGAGGAAGCUGGAAGAAGAGCUCAGGCCGAGGUGUCAAAGGUGAAGGAUGACUAUAAUAACAACAUCAAGAAGAUGUCGCAAGAACUAGCGAGACUUGAAAUUGCAUUAGGUGAAAAGAAGCUGGAGUGUGACAAAGGACAGAGAGAACUGAAGAAGGUCAUGGAGGUAAUGGAGCAAUUACAGGAAGAGGUAGACCAGAAGAAGGAACAACACCGCCACGAGACUCUGAACCUCUACCAGCGCAUCAACUCCCUAGAGACACAAGUCACAUCACUUAAAGAUGAAAAAAGUAGCAUGUCAUCCCUCGGCUUACAAAGUGUCAAAGAAGUUGAACAGCAGAGAAAAGAUUUGUUGGGCAGAAUUGCUGAACUAGAGGAAAGGCUGAGCAUAGCAAGGAAUGAGUCUGCUAGAGCAAAACUGGACAGCGUGGAAGCAAGGAGUAAUCUAGCUAAAGUCACCAACCAGCUGGAGAAAUUACAAAAAGAGAGCAUAAAAGACCACAAAUUUCUAAAGAAACAAUUGCGGCUAAAGAUGGAGGAGCUGGAAGAACUGUCAUCAGGUGUUGAGGGACGCCUGGAGACUUCCGAAAAUACUCACCGAGAAGCUCUGACGCAGUGCUACCAUAACACUGCAGUCAUGCAGGACAACUGCAGCAGACUGCAGACUCAAUUAAGGGAGCAGAAAAAAGAGUAUGGACAAAGGAUAUCUGAGUUAAAUCAGCAAUUAGAGGAUGCCCAGGCUCAGCAGCAGCACACAGCCCUUGCCCUGCACAAGGCCAGCACCAGCCUGGCUGUGAGUGAGAGCCUCGUAGCACAGUACAAAGCCAGAGUAGCAGAGGUAGAGGAACGUCUACUCACAGCUGAACGCAGAUUCUACAAGGUGCAGCAUCAAAAUGAACAAGACCGGGAAACCCUCAGGACCUCUUGACACCAGCACCACUCCCGUCAAGGUCAUUACUAAGGUGAUCUUUGGGACAGUUAGAUGAAAAAACUACAAUCACAUAUGCUGUAAAGUGCAGUAAAAUCUAAUAUAGAUUACCUCAAAGCAUCACAUCAAAUAUCUGGUAAAGUUACCUCUUUCCUCCUACAUUCCGUGUACAAAUUCAUUCAUUCCAGUAAAUAUUUUAACACUGAACUGAACAUAUAUAAUCAUUUACCUUAAGGGCAAAGUUACAUGACAUCAAUUAUACAUAUAUAUUCAUAUAUCUUGUCAGUACCAAAAAUUGUGGCAUUCAGUAGAUGAGUCUGUUUUAUCUCUUAUGGCCAAAAGAAUAUACCUAAUGCAAAUUCCUUCCAGAUCAUUUCCCCAUUAGCAAACAGGCUGUCAUCAAUGCCAUAUUUUUCAAGUUAUAGUGUUCAGAGAGCUUCUUAAUAAAUAAAUUAAUUGGUUAUUUGGUGCCAUUAUUAUAUAAUAGUCCCUUAAGUUUAUGGAAGAAAGUAUUACCACUCUUGUUAAAUGGUGCUCCAAGUUAACUCAUCAUCAUCAUCAUAAAAGUGUUACACACAUUUUUUUCCAAGGACCUUUCUUGACCAGGUCCUGUUGCAUAUUGAAUUUCUUAGUCACUGCCCAGGACAGUCUAUGCAAAAAUAACACAAUCCACAUUCUAAGCAUGUUUAUUGUUAGGAUUUCAGGUACUCCAUAAAUUUUUGGGGAAAUGGUAUUUGGGUGAGUUUUCAGAGAAGCUCUUGAUCAACUGCCCUUUUUUCCCAUAGGAUCAUCACCCCAACUUUCAUGGAUUCAAAUUUUACACAUUUAUCUGGUCCUGAGUGAAACGCGGUGCACCACUUUAUGAACACAUGAAUAUAGGGACAACCACCCCCUUUUUCCAGUCAGGAUGAAUUGUACUUGAUAGCCAUACAGCAGUCAAGACCCCCCUGUUCUUGGUCACACCUUGAGCAGCUCUGCCCUGAUGUUAUAAACACCAGCUCCUCCAGGUGGCGCAUGAAGUCUUCAUUAACUGCAAGCAUCUGCUUCUUGUGCCUGGUGAGUACUUCCCCACACAACCGGGCCUCCAUGUAUCCCUGUGAAAUCCCUUCCACUUCUGGCAUUGUAUCAUAAAGACGUCGCUCAACUUUGAUGCAUGAUUCUUCAAUCUGUUGAGGCAUCAAUGUGGUUGAGUAAUUAAGGAUUAACUGUUUCCAUACUUUCAAAGGAAUGAUGGUUUGGCAUCCUUUUGCUAGGAGCAGCUUACCUUUAGCACAGCGUGGAAGGUGGCACUGUCCUCAGGUUCAUGUUUCUUGCCCAACACCAUUAGCUUGGCGCCCGGACCCACUCCAUAGGACGCCAAACUUGCUUCACCCCGGGAUAAGGUCUUUCCCCGGUGUAUGAUCUUUUGGCUGGUGUGAAGCACAUCUGUCAGUUCCUCUAUCUGAAAAGGAAGAUCACCUCCCCCACUCCCCCUCAUGCAGUACACAUUGUUAGCACACCUUCAUUAUAUGGAAUCAACAGGAGACAUUGGAACUUAAAGCAACAUUUAUUUUUUAUUUUUUAUUUCAUGGAUUUUUAUUUUACUUAGGCAGCAUUACACCUUUACAUUCUGUCCUGUGUUUGUGUAAUUGAAUUGCUUUUAAUUUUCUUUUAUUUUGUAUUUGUCUCUUUGCAAGACUCUCAUGGCCAGCAUUCCUCUGGGAAAGAGCUCACUGUCAGCCUUGAACACUGCCUGUGACCCCUUGCCUGGGAGAGUACAAGACCAGCUUGUGGCAAUGAGAAUGUACAUUUACUCGUAGGAGAAAACAGAGAAAAUAGGUGUUUUGAUGAAGUGUGAUUUAGGAAAGAAUAAAUUUAGGUUGAAGAAUAUAGUUCAGGUUAAAAAAUACAGGCAAAUACGUAGUGCUUCAUAAUAAGCACAGUGGAUGUAGUAGAAAAACAAAACAGUGUAAUGUUAAUGUGAUUGAUAAUUUUGCAAAGACCCGCCUGCAGAAAGCCUCCCAAACUCACUCUGCGAGUGGGGCACCUCUUUGUCCAACUGGUUAUGGAGUGGCUUUCCCAUCUAGCUGGUUGUGUGUUCUAUCACUGUGAUUGAUAAUUUCAAAUAGGCACUGGAUAGAUUUAAAGACAGUAGAUGGUGUUUUUCUCUCUCUCUCUCUCUCUCUCUCUCUCUCUCUCUCUCUCUCUCUCUCUCUCUCUCUCUCUCUCUCUCUCUCUCUCUCUCUCUCUCUCUCUCUCUCUCUCAUAUGUGUCCCCACAGUAUGCAGACAAACCCCACAGACACAUAACCCCCAUACACAUAUAUAGGAACCCCACCCCCCUGCUCUCUUUCUCUCACAUUUAAUAAUAUUCAGUCAUUAUCUCUGCAUGCUUCAUAAGUUUGUGAUCCUUUGCACUGCAAACCUGUGAUUUAAUGUACAUACACAAUAAAAAAAAUUGAACUAA